AUUAUUAUCUAUUAUUCAUUGUUUGUUUAUUUGUUGUUUUUGUUGUUGUUGUUGUUGUCGUUAUUGUUGUUUGUUGUUGUUUAUUGUUGUUUGUUGUUUGUUGUUGCUGUUGUUGUUGUUAUUGUUGCUAUUAUUAUUAUUAUUGUUAUUCUUGUUCGUGGUGAUUAA